AUGUCAUUUCCAACCUACGCCUUCAAAGAACUGUACUGUGAAAUUGGCCCAGACAUGGAAAUGAAGAAUAUGCGCGUGCCCAGCUACGACCCUUACCAGCGUCCCGGUACGCUAUACGGUCAGGUUACAGCAGCCGUUUAUGAUCCCCUAACGGGCGCCACACCGGCCUACAGCACCCUGACCGCUUUGCCGUCAACACAGCAUCUACUAUCGUCGCCAUAUAAUCUACUAGCUGCUCCUGGCCAAGAAUACUACCAGCGCAACUCUGACUAUUACAGCGGCAUUCGACCAUUGCAGUCGGUUUACGCGGAGAGUACCGAAGAGUUGAUUGAAAGGCUAAACAGACAGUCACAGCCGACCGUAUCGUUAUACAACAAGCCGAUGACCGUUGAAAUGCCUUCUCCUGUCGACAGUGGAAUCGGACCAGACAUCAUGGUCACACCAAAGCAGGAGGUGCAGGACAACGCGGGCUACACCUACACGGACCUGCACUCGUCUGUGAUGCAGGCAAUUCAACAACGGCCAAACAAAGAUUACAGUAGUCCAAGGCCGAGUCAAACCAGUGAGCGUAUUGUCACCAACCGCGAUUCUCCGGUUCACAUUCCGAAAAUCAUGACAAGCGUUGGUUUUCAGUACACGCUAGAAGCACCAAUUUCGACGUGUGUUAGAAAGGAGGACGAUCGGAUGACGUACAUUAAUAAGGGGCAGUUCUACACAGUUACCUGUGAAUAUAUCCACGACCCAGUGAAACCGCUAAAAUCUAUUGCAGUAAAGUCGAUCAUGAUGAUCGUAUUCCGCGAAGAGAAGUCAUAUGAGGAAGAGGUAAAGUGCUGGCAGUUUUGGCACUCGAGGCAGCACAGCAUGAAGCAAAGGAUCUUGGAUGUUGGUAAAGUUUCACAAAGCCAUGUUUCGCUUCAUGUGUCGUCGAUAACAAGUUUGUAA